UUAAGGAAGGCCCACGGAUUCAUGCGAAGAACCAAACUAACUUCGUAACGGAAUUUUUGAAAAACGCGGUUUUGAUGUUUUUUUUUAAAUACAAUUUAAUAUCCAAACCUUUCAUUUUAAACAAUAUAAUAGCCAAAUUUUUUCGAAAACAAUCUAAUAUCCAAAUCGUCAACUUUCCGUCCGUUUGACCGUUGGUUGACACUUCAUAAAAGCUUUGUUUAGGAGAAAUUUCACAAUACAACUUUGUUUUCUUGUUUUGGCAUUGCAGAUGACUGAAUAUUUAGAUAUUCUAUACCAUCAUGGUGGAGUCAUGGACUUCUCGGGUUUGGAACCACGACAUGUUGGUGGUUUUUCAGAGAUGAUAUCGAUGGAUAUUGAUGAAGCGUCUUAUUUCGAACUUUUUUGAAGUGUCAACUGUCAACUAACAGUCAAACGAACGGAAAGUUGACGAUUUGGAUAUUAGAUUGUUUUCGAAAAGGUUUGACUAUUAUAUUGUUUAAAAUGAAAGGUUUGGAUAUUAAAUUGUAUUUUUUUUUGUUGUGUUGUGCUGUCGCCAUUCUUUCCCUCUCCUUCUGCUUGAUAGCUUUGCUCUCAGACAGAUCACAUUCCUUUCCUUCCCACCUUUGAAGAUUUCAACCUCUGGUCAAUCAUUCAUAUUUCUCCUGAUAUAGAAUAAUUAUAGGAAAAUCGAGUUUCCCCUUUGGCAGUUGGCUCAGACGAUGAGAUAAUUAGCUUCCCACUUCUCCUUCCCUCUCCUUUCCUUUCCUUCCCCGAGAAAGAAAAAAACAGAGGAAAUCACAUCAUCAUUGAAAGAAAACAGAAUAUUAGAGUUGUCAAUCAUGAACGGAGGGAAGAAGAAGAAAGAUAAUUCAUGGAGGAAAUGAGAAACAUUUCCCCCUAAAUCUCUCUCUCUCUUUCUCUCUCUAUAAUUUUCUUCCUGUUCUUUGUAGUUUAUUUGCAAAAAAUUGAGUUUGUGAGGCAAAAAUAGGGCCAUACCCAUCUCGUAUCACUACACAAAUUAUCCAUCUUGAGAGCCUGUUCUGUUGAUUUGUUGGAUUUGGGGAAGUGGGUUGCAGGUAGCAAGAAAGAUGAUGAUGAUGACGAUGGAGGGGAUGAUGGAUAAAGGAGUACUGGAGGAUAUAAUAAGGAGGCUAUUGGAAGGUAAAGGAGGGAAGCAGGUUCAGCUGUCGGAGUCGGAGAUCCGUCAAUUGUGCGUUAACGCUCGCCAGAUUUUCCUCUCCCAACCGGUUCUCGUCGAGAUCAAAGCUCCAAUUCGAAUCUGCGGUGACAUACACGGACAAUACCAAGACCUUCUGAGGCUAUUCGAAUAUGGAGGGUACCCUCCUUCUGCAAACUACCUCUUUCUAGGAGACUACGUUGAUCGAGGGAAGCAAAGCUUGGAGACCAUAUGCCUCCUCCUCGCCUACAAAAUCAGAUACCCUGACAAAGUCCAUCUAUUGAGAGGCAACCACGAGGACGCAAAGAUCAACCGGAUAUAUGGCUUCUACGAUGAGUGCAAGAGGAGAUUUAACGUCCGACUCUGGAAAAUAUUCACAGACUGUUUCAACUCCUUGCCCGUGGCAGCUCUCAUUGACGAGAAAAUACUUUGCAUGCAUGGAGGGUUGUCGCCUGACUUGGAGAAUUUGGAUCAGAUAAGAGAGAUCGAGAGGCCAACAGAGAUUCCAGACGGCGGACUUCUUUGUGAUUUGCUUUGGUCUGAUCCACAUCCGACGAAUGAAGGAUGGGCGGAUAGUGAUCGAGGGGUUUCGUGCACAUUUGGAGCUGAUGUAGUCGCAGAUUUUCUUGACAAGAAUGAUCUUGAUCUUAUAUGUAGAGGGCAUCAGGUGGUGGAAGACGGAUAUGAGUUCUUUGCUCAGCGACGAUUGGUCACGAUCUUCUCUGCUCCUAACUAUGGUGGGGAAUUCGACAACGCAGGUGCUCUAUUGAGCGUAGAUGAAUCCCUCGUUUGCUCCUUUGAGAUACUAAAACCAGCUUCAUUAGCAGGCAGCAGUUCGAAGCCCCUUAAGAAGCCUCCUAAAACUGGUUAAAGCUUGAUACAGAGCAAGAAUGGAGAUUUGGAGUUUUACCUAACUGUUGCAUGAUUAGGAGAAGAUCUUGGAGUUGAGAAAUGCAGGCUUAUAGAAGAAAGAAGCUCUCUCUUCUUUUCAAACCCACCUACACAUAGCUUUAUUCUUUGUUCUUCUUUUCUUUUUGAGCUGGAUGACCCUUUAUGUAACUUGUUAUUCCUGUUGAUUAAUUAGC